AUGGCGCCGAGAGGCGGCGGCGCGCCGAAUGAGGCGGCGCGCGGCGCUGCCGGCGGAGUAAUACGCGCAGGACGGGAGCAGCGGCGGUGGAAGGACAGGCGGCGUAAAUGUGGGCGAGGCGGCUGGCAGGCGGCGGGGCGGCGGAAUGCCCGGACGGGCGACCACCGCGCACGGGGCUCCGACGAGCCGGAAUUGACUACGACGGCGAGGCACCGCGGAGUUACGGUGGGGAGGGCAAAGGAAAUGGAACGGGGACGCCGUUGGCUGGGGAUGCAUGCAGCUGCUGCAAUGUGGUGCACAGGGGAUGGAGGGGGAGUGGUGGCCUGGCGCAGGGGGCGGCGGGCGGCGGCCGCCGCGGCUUGGACGCGGCGGGCGCUCGGCCCUCCAUGCUGCGGCAGGCGGGCGCACGAACGGCGCCCGUGCGGGCGGCUGCUGGCGGCGGGCGCGCGCGUGGCGCGGCGGGACGCGCCUGCUGGCUGGACGCCCGUGGCAGUACGCGGACGCCAGCGCCUCACGUGGAGGCGCUGGAUGCGGCUGCUGCGAGGCCGCGCCGACGCCCAGCAGAUUGUUUACUGUUUUCUUCAAAGACUGGGGACAGCAGGUUCUAUGUCAUUUCGGAUUGAAAAUACAGAGAUGCAAAUGACGCCUUCAAAUCUUCAAUCGUGUAAAACUGCAGAUAUCUUAGGGAUGAUAGCAGUUUUUGGGUCCACUAGAGUGCUGAAGAAAAUUGUGCGUUCUGGAGUAGACGUCAAUGCUGCAUUGAGCAACGGGAGAACGCCGUUGUACCUGACAGCUCUUUUCGGCCACAUGAACCUUGUCAUCGAACUCCUCUCUCUGGGAGCAGACGUCGAUUCGAAGACCCCCGACGGGGAAUCGGCCCUCCAUGCAGCGGUAAGAGGCGGACACGUCCACAUUGUGGAAUUGCUGUUGAAAAGCGGAAAUAUUCAAUCUAGGAACGACAAUGGGUGCACGCUUCUUCACUUUGCUGUUGCGUUCGAUCACGCGAAAGUAGUACAACUUCUUUUGGAUGAGAAGGCCUCUCUUAAUGCCCAGGAUAAAGUAGGUUGCGAGCCUAUUCACGUAGCAGCUCUUAAGGGUCACAAAAAAGUCACUGAGAUCCUUUUAGCUGCCGGGGCGAACAUUGAAGCUAAAACGAAGCGGAAUGAAACACCUCUUCACUGUGCAGCAUACGAAGGCCAAGAGGAAUUGACGAAUCUCCUCUUGUCUCGAGGAGCGGAUAUUCACGCAAGACAGUGCAGUGGGGAUCAGGCUAUACACAUUGCGGCAUUUAGGGGACACAAACACAUCGUAGAGAUCCUUUUGACUCGAGGAGCGGCUCUGGAGGGCGUCAACAUCGUUGGCAUGACUCCCCUACAUUGCGCAAUUCAAUUAUCGAACGAGAAAAUGGUAAAGUACCUCCUGUCUCAAAAAGCAAAUUUGAACGCGAGAGCCAAGUACGGUGAACUACCUAUACAUAUGGCAGCGUAUAAAGGGUGCAUAGCCAUUGUAGAUUCCCUUCUGUCUGCUGGGGAAGACAUUGAGUCCGUGAACGACUUUCUGUGGACUCCGCUGCAUUGUGCUGUUCGUGGAAACCUCGCGGAAAUGGUGGAGUUCCUUCUGACACGCGGCGCGAACAUCGAAGCACGAAACGAGAAAGGAGAUCAGCCUCUGCACUUGGCAGCCGCAGGGGGGCAUGCGGGGGUGGUGAAGCUUCUGCUGUCCGCCGGGGCGGCCGUGGACUCUGAGAACGGUUGGGGCGCGACGCCCGUUGCCGCCGCGGCGUGUGCGCGCGCCGUGGCGUUGGACGGGGGAGAGCGCCUCGCGGAGGUCGUCGACGUGCUUGUGCGCGCGGGGGCGCGCGCGCGCCUUCCUCGGCGCUGGGGAGAGCGCGCAGAGUGUCGCAUGCAAAGUUCAAACAAAAAUUAA